GGCGAGUGUGCACUGCGUUGCUUUCUCUGCUUCACGACAAACACUCACGAUAUGGCGAUCAUCCAAUUCCAACCAUUCUCCUCGCUCGUCGAGCCGGCCUUCUGGCAUGCGCUCAACAAUCUCAAGAUCGAUGUCCUCAAACUCUCAGAUGACUUCAUUCCCGUGGCAGCGUCCUAUGCGCCUGGACGUGCCAUCGUCGACAGGGAGACGGGGCAGGAGAUUGCGAUGCCGUCCGCGUUGACACUAGCAGGCGAUGCGUUCACCCAGCAUCCUCAGAUACCCAAGUAUGCCGUACCCGCAUAUGGAUUGUUGAAGAACUACAACACAAUAGAGGAGUUCAAAGCUGCAGAUAAGACUACACUGUUUAACGAGCUGUCAGAUGAGAUAUGGAAGGAUAUCCAGUCUGGCUCUACUUCUAAGCUCACCAAGUUCCUCCUCAUCACCUUCGCCGACCUGAAGAAGUAUCGAUAUUACUACUGGUUCGCUUUCCCCGCCUUCGUUGCAAAGCCUGCAUGGGAGGCAGGUGGCGACUGGCAGAGUGCGUCAGAGACGCUAUCUUCUGAGACGCUCUCCGCAGUAUAUACAGCGUUGCACACCGAACCGCGCCAAUUUUUCCUUGUCCGCACCUCCUCUGCUGCACCCGAGGUUGCACCUAUUGAAGAAUUGCAAAAAUUCUUUGACGGUGUUCCGCCAGAACAUCGUCUCAUUGGCUUUGUCGACCCCUCAGGCGCACCAAGCAACCCCGGCUGGCCACUUCGAAACCUGCUCACUUACCUUGCGCACCGGCACUCACCACUCUUCUCGAUGGACUCCGCGUCUGGGUUGCGAGUCCUGUGCUGGCGCGACGUCGACCCGCCGCAUGAUGGACGGUCGCGCAGUCGCGUCGGCGUCGUUACUGGUUUGGCGAGUGUACAGGGCACGGGCGAGCGUCCAAGUGCCGUUGGGUGGGAGAAGAACCCUCAGGGCAAGCUUGCGCCACGGGUCGCAGACCUAGCGCCGACGAUGGAUCCAAAGAGGCUGGCGGAGCAAGCGGUUGACCUGAAUCUGAAACUCAUGCGCUGGCGGAUACUUCCCGAGCUCGAUCUCGAGCGCGUGGCUAAUGCGCGAUGUCUCCUUCUAGGCGCAGGUACACUCGGCUGCUACGUCGCGCGGAUGCUCAUGGCAUGGGGGGUGCGAACAAUCACAUUUGUUGAUAGUGCGCGGGUGUCGUUCUCGAACCCAGUGCGACAACCGCUCUUUACUUUUGAGGAUUGUCUCGACGGUGGGAAGCCCAAAGCUGCAUGUGCAGCGGAGAACCUGAAGAAGAUAUUUCCCGGCAUCAAUUCUACAGGGCACAACCUCAGUAUACCGAUGCCAGGACACCCAAUUCCGCCCACGUCGCUCGAGCAAACAAAGAAGGAUGUCGAAUUACUGGAGAAGCUCGUCGACGAUCAUGACGUUGUAUUUCUCCUCAUGGACUCGCGAGAGAGCCGGUGGCUACCAACAGUACUCGGCGCGGCGAAGGGCAAGAUUGUCAUGAAUGCUGCGCUAGGCUUUGACACCUUCCUUGUCAUGCGCCAUGGUGCACGCAAAGAGCUCGCGAAGGGCGAGCGGCUUGGGUGUUACUACUGUAACGACAUCGUUGCGCCUGCAGACAGCCUCACGGACAGGACCCUCGACCAGAUGUGCACGGUCACGCGCCCCGGACUCGCAUCCACCGCGUCAUCGACGGCCGUCGAGCUCCUCGCCGCGCUGCUGCAACACCCAGACGGCGUAAACGCACCGGCGCCGGUACCUACGAAGGGUGGCGAGCUGCCUGAUCCGCACGCGUCGGGAAGCGUGCUCGGGCUUGUGCCGCACCAACUGCGGGGCUACCUCGCCGAGUUUCGGACGAUACCUUUACGAGGCGCGGCCUUCUCGCGCUGCACAGGCUGCGGCGACGCAGUGCUGGAGGCAUACGAACGUGACGCGUGGUCUCUUGUGCAGAGUGCCUGCGGCGAGCCUGGAUUCCUGGAACGUCUCACCGGUCUGGAUGAACUGUAUCGCGAGGGAGAGGAGGCGGUGGGCGAUGUUGAGUGGGCGGAUGAGGAUGAUGAAGAUAUGUGAGAUAGAUUUCUGCGAAAGUAGUACCAAAUGUACUUGUAGAUUGGGUUGUAUCCUGGAAUAGCAGCCAGUCAAGA